CCGCAUAUCACUCCCCUCUCCCCCCCCUUCUCGCAGCCAUGAAUGUCGACCCUCUGACGGGCGCACCGCUGCCCUCCACCGCAAUCCAGCGCAUCCUCUACCUCGCGCCCAAAGUGCACAUAUACCAGAUCCCACCGGCGACGUCGACAAAGGGGUACCAAGCCUCUACGUGGACGGCCAACAACAACCAGCUACAAAUCUUCACGGCGCGAUUACGCAUCGUCGAGACGUCGAUACCCAGCGCAUCGUCGGACGACGCAAGCGGGACCGAUGGCGGCGACGACAACGAAAAAGUAACGACGACAAUCCUGCUCGAAGACCCCAAGAACGGGGAUCUUUUUGCCGCAGCCCCGUACACGAGCGAGCGCACCGUCGAGCAAGCACUGGACAGCAGUCGUUUCUUCGCCAUCACCGUCGUCGGCGAGGGCCGCAAAGCCGUGCUGGGCAUGGGCUUCGAGGAGCGCAGCGAAGCCUUUGACUUCUCAAUCGCCCUGCAAGACGCCCGGCGCGUGCUGGGCUUCGAAUCCAAAUCCGCCUCCGCACUCUCCUCGCGGUCGUCGUCCAAAACCAGCGCUCCCGUGGCGGAAGAGGCAAAGCGCGAUUUCAGCCUCAAGGCGGGCGAGACAAUAUCGAUUAACCUGGGCGGACUCAAGGGCCGGCGGUCGAGGAGCCAUGAGAGCGAUAAGAGCGACGAGGGCAAGAAGAGCGAUCAGGAUGCCCUGUUUAGUAUAAAACCGCCUCCUGGGAGCGGGCCUGGAGGCGCGUUUUUGCCGCCGCCGCCGAGCGCGAAGAGUGUCAAGGAGGAGAGGAGGAGGAGUAGACAGACGUUUGAUGCGGCGAGUUUGCCGCCGAAACAGACGGCGGAGGAUUUGGGGUUUGAUGAUGGCGAGUUUGGAGAGUUUCAAUGAAAGAAAGCAUGUGUAUGUGGAAGUAUCAAUGGAGGUAUGACCUUUUUCCUUUUUUAUUUGUACAUUUAGCAAGGCGUUUUUUUCUUCUUAUAUUGUUGCAUCUGUCUCACGUGUACCCUCGCAUGGCAGGCGCGUUGAGGGAAUUCAAACAUCAAGAGUCAAGAAUGGUUGC